CUGAGAGGAGUGACUCGUUAACUGCGGAGACCGCAAUUUCGGCAACAUGGGAGCCGCUGUGGGAUUGAUUCUAAAGGAAUUUUAAAGAACCGUCGGGGAAAAUGGCAGAGAGGUUGGAGUGGGUGGAGAUCAUCGAGCCACGCACGCGGGAGCGCAUGUACGCCAACCUGCUGACGGGCGAGUGCGUGUGGGACCCCCCGCAGGGCGUCUGCAUCAAGCGGACCGGCGACAACCAGUGGUGGGAGCUGUUCGACCCCAACACCUCGCGCUUCUACUACUACAACGCCUCCACCCAGCGCACGGUGUGGCACAGGCCCCAGGCCUGCGACAUCAUCCCCCUGGCCAAGCUGCAGACCCUGAAGCAGCACACUGACGCCGGCAUCCCCCGUCCCGCCGGAGGGGGGAGGGCGUCGGCGGAGAACAGCCUGGGACGCAACAGCGGGGUCAGCCGCGAGGGGAGCACCUCCUCCUCCCUCGACCAGGAGCUGUCUGAGAAACAGGGCGGCAGGGACGAGGCCGACAGGACUUCUCCUUUCAGGUGGAACACGGGUACGAAGGAGCGAAUGCUGAUCAAGGUGACGGACAGAGAGCCCAGCUUCUUGGCCCACCAGGGAAAUGGUUAUUCCCCCUGCGACCCCCCAACACCCGGUCCUCCCUCUGGAGGGGGCACCACCUCACGAAUCCGCCGUUCCUCUGGAGGAAACCCGCCCCCGGAACCCGACGGCUCGCCCAUACUCUACGCCGAACGCCGUCAGUCCCCCUUCCUGAAGCGGGCCGAGCUGGGCGGCACGGGCACCCACCGCCGCUCCUCGGCCGACUCCCAGCCUCCCUCGCCUCGCUACGGCUAUGAACCCCCGCUGUAUGAAGAGCCGCCGUCAGAGUAUCAACCCCCUCCCAUCUAUGAGGAGCCCCCCACCGACAUUCACCUCUCCGACUCCUUCUACGGCACCGGCAAGUCACCUGCACGCAAGUCUUCGGCCCCCCUCUAUCACUCCCCCAAGCAGAGCCAGUCGCCCUAUGGCCAGCUGGUUUUGACCCGGCAGAAGUGUCCAGAAAAGACCCAGAGUCUGGAGUACAGUCCUGUGGGGAAGGAGUACGUCAAGCAGCUGGUGUACGUGGAGCAAUCGUCUUCCAGCCCUCGCUUCAAGACCGCCGACCGCCUGCUGCGCUACGGCACUACAGGGGGCUAUGGUGGCUCGUAUGGGGGGUCCUAUACUCUGCAGCACAGCCAGUCUCUGAUUAGGGACCCCCGCCUACUGCUGGACUACAGUGGGGAGGGUGGAGAGGGAGGCCAGAGGUUGCUUUACGAGGACUCCAUAUCCUGGACGUCCAGUCAGACCCACUCCCUCUCCUCUUCCUCUACCGGAGGCCCUGGGGCUUUCUCCCCCGGGGGUAACCGCAAACGCAAGAGCCGCAAACCGUCCCUCCCCCAGGAGCUGGCGCGCUGCGGGGGACCGGAGGGGGAGUUGGCGGGCACGGCGUCCGAGGCGAUGCUGACCCAGGCGAGGCUGGCGUGGGAGGCCCAGCAGGUGAUGAAACAGAGGAGCAGUUGGGACUCAGGGCAGGGCGGCGGGGUGGCAGCCCAGGGCGGCUCCAAAGAUGGCUACGAGAGUGACGGGGCACUGCCUCUGCCGUUGCCGGGACCGGUGGUGAGGGCAUUCAGCGAGGAAGUGGCGCUGGCGCAGAGCGACGGCCAUCACUGGAAACGCAGCACCUUCGAUCGGCUGGGCUUCCCCCAGGCCCUGCUAGAGAAAAGCCUCUCCGUUCAGACCAACCUGGCCUCCCCCGAGCCUUUCCUCCACCCCUCACAGUCGGAGGACCUAGGAGCCUGCGCCCAGUUUGAGGCCAGCCGAAAUGCCAGGAACAUGAUGCCGAGCGCCAGCUGUGGCAUUUUCCCAGAAUUCACCCUGAGAAAGCCCUCCUCGGAGACGGACAUCGAGAACUGGGCGUCCAAGCACUUCAACAAACACACGCAGGGUCUGUUCAGACGAAAGGUGUCCAUCGCCAACAUGCUGGCCUGGAGCAGUGAGCCCAUCAAGAAGCCCAUGAUUGUGACCUCCGACCGCUCCGUGAAGAGGGAAGCUGUGGACAUCUUUAAGCUCAUUCAGACCUUCAUGGGAGACCGCCGCGCCAAGGUCGACUCCCUCGCCGUGGCUCUGGAGGUGGUGGUGCGCGGGUGGAGCAACCAGGGCCUGCGCGACGAGCUCUACAUCCAGCUGUGUCGCCAGACCACAGAGAACUUCCGCUAUGACAGCCUGGAGCGAGGCUGGGAGCUGAUGGCCAUCUGCCUGGCCUUCUUCCCCCCCACGCCCCGUUUCCACACCUACCUGGAGGGCUACAUCUGCCGACACACGGACCCUCUCAACGACACCAAGGGAGUGGCCAUUAGCAGCUAUGCUAAAUACUGCUACAGGAAACUGACAAAAGCUGCUUUGACUGGUGCCAAGAAGGGCCUACAGAAGCCCUGUGUGGAGGAGAUCAAGCACGCCAGGAACGCCAUCUUCAGUCCCUCCAUGUUUGGCUCCUCACUGGAUGAGGUGAUGGCGCUGCAGAAGGAGCGCUACCCUGACAACCAGCUGCCCUGGGUGCAGACCCGCCUCUCCGAAGAGGUUCUGGGUCUCAACGGAGACCAGAUGGAAGGCAUCUUCAGGGUACCGGGGGACAUAGAUGAAGUCAAUGCCCUCAAGCUGCAAGUGGAUCAAUGGAAAAUCCCCACAGGGCUGGAAGACCCGCACAUCCCAGCGUCUCUGCUGAAGCUCUGGUACAGGGAGCUGGAGGAGCCGCUGAUCCCCCAUGAGUUCUACGAGGAGUGCAUCAGUCACUAUGACAACCCGGAGGCCGCUGUCAACGUGGUGCUGGGCCUGCCGCACAUCAACAAGCUGGUGCUCUGCUACCUCAUCCGCUUCUUACAGGUGUUUGCCCAGUCUGCCAAUGUGGUCAUCACCAAGAUGGAUGUGAACAACCUGGCCAUGGUCAUGGCCCCCAACUGUCUGCGCUGCCAGUCCGACGACCCCAGGGUGAUCUUCGAGAACACCCGCAAGGAGAUGUCCUUCAUCCGCGUACUCAUCCAGCGGCUGGACACCAGCUUCAUGGACGGAAUCCUAUAGCCCCCCCACCACACAUGCAGACACACACACACAAUCCAUACUUUAGCCUUCCCUACGCUCCCUUUAACCCCCUCCAUGGCAUGCCCACACACACUCAACCAGCACAGGAUUACGUACACACACACACAUUGUUGACGCUGGGUGAGCACCUUGCCUCUCCGUUUACUUUUCUGAAACUAACAAAACUGCCUUGUUUGGAGUUUCACCACUACAUUUUGAGUUGAACCAGCUGUUUUCUUUUUCUAUUUCUGUAGAUGUAGUCCUUUAAUUGACAUUUACAUACACCAGUAUUGGAGUUCCAAGGUUUUCAUAUGCUUACAGUACUGUGUGUGCCUUCACAUACAUUAAUACCGUGUACACGUACAGAAUGAAGGAAUUAGCAGGGAUCUCAUCAUUUCACCUGAUACGUGUUCUUUCUCACUGGCACACUCAGAGUUCAGGACCUGAAGGUUCAUUUUAAAUCCAGCUUCUUUGUUUUCUAUGAACUGCUUGUGAUCUUGGUUUCCCCCUGCUUUAACACACACACACUGUCACACAGAAAUUGACACACGCAUAUCAGCUCAUGCACACAUGGCCAUGGAAAGUCUUGCCCCCGGGAUUCCCCCUUCUGCGGUGUAACACACCAUCUACUGCAAAGCAAGAAUCAUCAGUGAGACGAAUGAUGCGUUAAUUUAAACAUAUAUUGCACCCACAUUCUGCCACAGUCUCUCACUGGCCAGGCAAUGCAUUCAGAGGGUUCGGCACCAGAUUUCCACAAGAUGUAAAGCCUAACUGCACCAUACGGUCUGUACGUCUCAGACACCAGGUGUAAAGGUGAAGCUGCGUCCAUGUUUUACACUGCCACUACUUAGUAGAUGAGAUCCUGCCUCAAGAUGGCGAACUUAGCGCCGUCUCAAUGGGCCAGAAUGUAGCCUGCCAGCAGCCAGACUUUAAAAAGGUGUAGCUGUAAAGGAAGACAGCGAUAAGGUGAUAUAGCUCUGUUGGCCGCUUAGCCAUCAGAACGGCAACACCAUAUCACUAGUUGUGUUUUAACUUUAAGGCUCCAACACUUCCUCCAUGUUGUGUUUGCAGACGCGUAAGCAUAGACUGAGUUCGAAUUUUCCUUCUAUAAAGUAUGAAGUGAACACAACAUAAUGUCUUAAAAAGCAUUGAAUUUAGUUUCCCCCUAAAGGCCUAAAUUCAUCUUACAUCUAAUUUAGAAAAAUCUAUCAUAGUGUAAUAUAAAAGUCUAAUAUAUAUUGUCGGGCCCUGAUCAGACAGAGCACGUUUUGCAAUUUGCUGCUGCUUCUUUAUUUUAUCAUUGCUCAGCAACCAACGAAAAAGUAAACACAAACUAUGAAAUGUACGCUACAAAAUAGUUAAUAGUACACAACUUACCUGUACUGCACUAAUUCUUUAACCCUAACCCUCGGAUCACAGUAGCUAUGGUUAGUAAAGCCAUAUAGCUCCGGGUAUCCAGCAAAAGUCACUACAACGAGGAAACAAGCGUUAAUGAAGUUGGGCACUUUUCUGCUCUGUGUUUUGAAUUACUUGAACACUCAAGGUGUUCAGGGCGCCUCAGGUUUCUACCUGAGGCACUCAGCAACUCAAAAGCAGCGCACAAAGCCCUUCACUCUCAUUUAAAAAUAGUUACAAAAAGUCUCCCCCAGGCUGCUAAAGCGCUGAUAAACGAUUGAUACGUCUGGAGAAGUUACACCCAGAGACUGUAAGUGGGAUCGUUUCAAACAGUGGCCAUUGGCUUGUGCUGCCUGUGGAGUUUCAGUCAGCACCAUCACACCUGUAACAAACACCAUCGCUACAGUAAAGCUAGGAAGUUCAUCAGCUCAUAACGGGAAAGUGUCAAUUUAAGAAUGAAUUUAUAAUUGGUUAAUCCAAGCCAUUCAUCUUGUGACGCUUUUCUUUAUGUUCCUUGUUAUUAUUAAGUGUUUCCUGGAAAUAGUGACAAAAAUAUAAUAAUGAAUAAUUCUACACACAUUGCCCCCCUUGUUUGUUUCCAUUAUACUUUCAUAUCUAAUAUGACAGAGAAACAGGUCUUACAUUGCAUUCUAUUUGGUAUUAAAAAGGUCUUCAAAAGUACGAACCCUGUAGAAACCCUGUUCAUAGAUCUGUAAACAUUGCAUACUAACACUUUUCACAUACUACAUUUACAUACUACUAGCACUGCAUGUACUCUCCAUAAUAUUAGAGCAUAGGACAGAAUGAAGAAUUUGGACACAGGUAUACAUGUGGGCACACUACUUAAACUUCUUAUCAUAUGGACCAUAAUUUCAAAAAAGCUCCUAAUCUAAAAAUUCUAAAAAGUAUCCUACUAAUUUUGAGUCAAUGUCUCCCACUAGGCCAAAAGGACUUCAGAAGUAUCAUCAAAGCUGGCUGUUGCAUCCAAAUAAAAUCAAAUGCUAACACAAUACAAUGAGUACAGCUAACUAAAAUUGAACAGCUAUAUGCUGCUUAUUUGUAUUGGCAUACUUGUUCAUUAAACUGGUACAAGAAUUGUGGAACUCAGAGUGAAGUCAAUGUGGAAGUGUCUUAAAACUUGCAUUCUCUCUACUGACCAGCAGGGGGCGACACCUCUGGUUGUAUAGAAG